UCCCUUUAUUAAAACUCUGACAAUACUCUUUUAUCUAUCCCAUCUUACCAUUGACUUUUUUAAAUUUAUGACACCCCAAAUAGACAAUUAAUUUCUCUUGCCAUAGCCAUGGCUGACCAAACCAUUAGCACUACACAUAUCCAAUUCUAAUUCCAAUUCCAGCUUCUCCCUUCAAUAUUCCUUGAGGACAUGAAUAGCACAGCAGGGGAUUCUGGAUUUCUUGGCUCUAACAACAUUGGUGGAUUUGGCUAUGGCAUCGGUAUCUCUAUUGGAAUCCUGGUGCUGAUUACAACAAUCACUUUGACUUCCUAUUUUUGCACGCGAAAACAACUGGCAUCGGUGCCAACACAAGCAAGAAAUGUUGCAGAUCAGCAGCUGAACCAGCAGAACUUUGUCGUCGAUAUAGGGCUUGAUGAGGCCACUCUAAAUAGCUACCCUACACUGCUGUAUUCGGAGGCCAAGCUACACAAGACAGGCUCCACUGCUACAUGCUGCUCCAUAUGUUUGGCAGAUUACAAGAACACUGACAAGCUCCGGUUGCUGCCUGAUUGCGGGCAUCUCUUUCACCUCAGAUGCGUUGACCCGUGGCUGAGGCUGCACCCAACUUGUCCAGUCUGUAGAACAUCUCCAUUGCCUUCACCUCUAGCGACUCCUCUGGCUGAGGUGGUUCCACUGGCAAGCAGGCGGGAGUGACCAAUAUAGUGAAGGAAAAAUGAUGUUUAGUCUUUGGGUACCUUCUGGACGCUGCAAAACCAUCACAUCUUACCGGAUCAGCUCCA